CCGGGAAAUUUCAGACAAAAGUCGGAAGAUUUUAACGAUUUGUCUGUCGCAAUAAAGAGCAAAACUUUCGUCUAAUCUAAUCCUGAAUCAAUAGGAUAUGAACGGGUUAAUGGCGUCUUCAAGUGUGUUCCUUCAUCGCCCAGUGGACUCGCGUCUCGCAUUUGCUUCUAGAACGAAUCACAAUGCAGGAAAAUGCGGUAACGGCCGUGUUAGUUUCAUGGGAAUUGGGACACGUCGUCUUCCGGUGGUUUUAUCGAUGACGGCGUCGGCAGAUUCCGGUGACGAGGUCGUCAAGUCUGUUUUGCCUGGAAAUGGCAUAUCCAUCAUGGUGAAUGGAUGCAGUGGCAAAAUGGGGAAAGCUGUGAUCAAAGCAGCAGACUCUGCUGGAGUAAAUGUUGUUCCCAUAUCGUUUGGUUCUGCUGGUGAGGAUGGUCAGACAGUUGAGGUAUGUGGAAAGGAGAUUACUGUGCAUGGUCCUGCUGAAAGAGAAAAAGUUCUCUCUUCCGUGUUUGAGAAGCACCCGGAGCUAAUUGUUGUUGACUACACAAUUCCUUCUGCAGUAAAUGAUAAUGCGGAGCUGUAUAGCAAAGUUGGUGUUCCUUUCGUCAUGGGAACAACUGGUGGAGAUAGGGACAAAUUGUAUGAAACUGUUGAGAAAGCAAAGAUUUAUGCAGUGAUUUCCCCACAGAUGGGUAAACAGGUUGUAGCAUUUCUUGCGGCCAUGGAGAUCAUGGCCGAGCAGUUUCCGGGAGCCUUUUCUGGUUAUUCACUGGAUGUCAUGGAAUCUCAUCAAGCUAGCAAAUUGGAUGCAUCUGGAACAGCAAAAGCUGUUAUUUCUUGCUUCCAGGAUUUGGGUGUGUCUUACGACAUGGAUCAGAUACAAUUGAUUCGGGAUCCAAAACAACAAGUGGAGAUGGUGGGUGUUCCCGAAGAGCAUAUCUCUGGCCACGCUUUCCAUCUUUAUCACUUGACAUCACCCGAUGAAAGUGUCUCCUUUGAGUUCCAGCACAAUGUCUGCGGCAGAUCAAUAUAUGCUGAGGGUACUGUUGAUGCCGUGCUCUUCCUCGCCAAAAAGAUUCGAUUGAAAGCAGAUCAGAGAAUCUACAACAUGAUCGAUGUUUUGAGAGAGGGAAACAUGCGUUAAGCUUCCGAGUUUUGUUAGUGCAUUGACCAAAUGGUGGUUCUAGAAGAGCUAAAAUUAGAUUUACCAAAUCAACAGCUGUGAAAAUUAGAUGUUUGGUUGGUUCCCACUUCUUCAGCCUUUAGCACACACAGGCUUUUGAAACUCCUUGGUAUAUUACAUGAACUUGUCAUUGUAUUGUUCAUGUUCAGACCUCUUUACCUUAAAUGUUAUUCUCCUUUCUUAAUCAUUGAAGUGAAAAUCUUACAGAUAAAAAUUCUCCAAAUGUUAUGAACAACGAUCUUGUAUGAUCAUCAUCAC